UAAAUAUUCGUCGCACUUCAUUUUUUACAAUGAAUGUUUAUUAGUUUAUAUUUACACUAGCUGUCAUAUUGAUUCGUAUUGUUUACUAUAUAGUUGACAUCUAUCCGUGCGCAUUUUAAGUCUGUUUUAUUCUACCAGGGGACGCUUGUAGGAAGCAAUGUCAUUUCCCACCCGAUCUAAACUCUAACCUAACUUGAUUUACGUUCAACGUUUUUUAGAUAAUUAUAUCAUUUUAAACAUGUUUUUUAAUAACAUCUGAUUCUCGCACAUUAUAAACAGUUUUGCGUCUAGUUAUCAGCAUUUAGAACUCGUUAACACUCCUUGAACGAAGUGAAGCAUUGUUCAGUAAAAACUAAUAUUUAUAUUUUGGUGAAUGUACUGGAACAUAACAAAGGAGAGUCAAUAAUAAAUUAUUACGAUAAAAAGCAUUUAUCUUUUGUCAUCGACUUGUUAUUUAUAACAUACGACAAUGUAUAAACGGAAAUUUGAUGAAAUAGAAGAUAGUAAUAGUGGUAAACCACCAAUAAAAAAUUCAUUAGAUUCAGAUGAAGAAGAUGAUGAUGCUAACGAGGAUAAUUAUAAUAUAAUGAGUGAUAAUGAAAUUGAAGGUGCUGAGGAUGGACCAAGUGCUCCAGAAACAAAUGUGGGUUUUACAGCAUUUAAUAUGAAAGAAGAAUUAGAAGAAGGACACUUUGAUAAACAGGGCCAUUAUCUUUGGAACAAAGAAAAAGAAAUUAGAGAUAAUUGGUUAGACAACAUUGAUUGGAUGCAGAUCAAACCGAGUUCUGCAGCAAGUGUAAAGAAGGAAAGUGAAACCGAUGAAAAACAUGGACUGGCAGAUAGCGAUAGUGGGGAUGAAGGUCCAGAUAUUAUGUUCGAUCCAACUCAAAUUUAUAAACAAAUUUUGGAAUACUUACAACCUGGGGAAACUGUUUCCAAAGCUUUGUGCAGGCUUGGGAAAGGAAAGAAGAAAUUAACUACUGCAGAAAGGUGGAAGAAGAAACAAGAAAAGAAACUAGUAGAAGAUGACCACAAUUCUAUCAGUAUAACAAAAUUAACAGAAUUGGCAAAUGAAUUGCUGACUCGUACUGGAAAUAUGGAUAUAUACCAAGAAAGUUAUGAACAUAUUAAAAAGAAGGUUGGACAAGGUGAAAAACAUGCACAUCCUUCGAAACAAGAAGCAGAGUUAGAUAUGUAUGCUGAUGACUUUGAUGUAAAAGAAAAAGCAAAAUUAGAUGGAAGUGAAAGUAAUGUUAAAGAAACUGAUAAUUCUGAGGAGGAUGAAACAACGGAAGCAGAAAUAACUUGGGAAUUAAAAUGGUCACAGGAUGAGAAUGCAGAAAUUCACGGCCCGCAUACAAGUGAACAAAUGCAUGCUUGGGCAAAAGAAGGAUACUUUAAGAUUGGAGCUUGGGUACGAAGAACAGGACAAAAUAAUCAAUUUUACAAUGCUGCAAGAGUGGAUUUUGAACUUUAUCUGUGAUGUUUUGUUCUAAUACAACCAUCCGAUAAAACAGCUAGUAUCGUAAUUUUUUAAUUAUGGAUUACUAAACUAGUACUUUAAU